GCCUACACAGCCCAGCCUGCCAGCUCCCCACCCUGCAGGCGCUGCCCCAGGCCCCCCAGCUACUGGGACCCCAUGCCGAGACAGGAUGGAGGAUUUAGAUGCUUUGCUGGCAGAACUGGAGCAGAACUCUCGCCUGGCCUCCAAGGACCACAGGCUGCAGGCGCCGAGCUCCUGCAAGCAGGAUCCAGGCAGAGCCCCCCAUGGCCAUGAGCCACUUGCCUCGGCAUCCCUGAAGGUGCAGCUACCGCCUCGGGCUCAGCCUCCAGGAGAGGCUUCGAAGACGGUGUACAGUAGCCCCAUCCAGGCCCCACAGCCGCUGCUCCCCUCGCCCCCAACCACGGUGGCUGCCCAGCAGCUGGAUGAGCUCCUGGCCGACCUGGGCCACAUGCAGAGCAAGCUAGCGGCUGUGGGGCAGGGAGCAGGGGCGCCAGCGGAGCCCUCGCUGGACAACAUGCUGGGCAGCCUCACCCGGGACCUGCAGGAGCUGGGCAUCACGGCCGCCCCCGCCGGCACCUGCGCCGCCUGCCGCAAGCCCAUCGCCGGCAAGGUCCUCACGGCUCUGGAUCAGACCUGGCACCCCGAGCACUUCUUCUGUGCCCACUGCGGGAAAGUGUUUGGAGAUGACGGUUUCCACGAGCGGAGCGGGAAACCGUAUUGCCGCCAGGACUUCCUGGCCAUGUUUGCCCUGAAAUGCCAGGGCUGUGAUCGCCCCGUGACGGACAAUUACCUGUCGGCCCUGCAGGGUGUCUGGCACCCCGAGUGCUUCGUCUGCGCGGUGAGUGGGCGGCAG